AUGAGUGCUCCAAUGAGUAAUUUCGCCCGUACUUGUGGGAGGCAAUUCUUUUUAAGCAAUGCAAUCCAUCUUCAAUCCCCAAAGGUCGCACCAUGGAACCUCCUGAAGCCUUUAAAGUCGUCUUUGCUUAUGUUUGGUAGAAGUACCAGCGGUAUCAACUCUGUUUUAAGACCACAAACCAGGUUUUUCACAACUUCUGGACAAGCAAAGGUCAGCAUUAGGGAUAUGUUCAAUGGAUCUCAAAGUCGAUACACAAGGCUCAACAGAUUCCAACAAUACAACCGGAGUUCUGGAAACAACAGAGAUCUUAUAAAGCUUACUCUAUAUGGUGCUCUUUUUAUGGGUAUCACAUUGAUUGGAGCUCCAUACCUCUUCCAGAUACCUCCAUUCUCUUAUUUCAAAAGGCAUCCUACACACUUACCAUACGCCAUCAUCGGUAUUAACCUAGCUGUGUUUGGCCUUUGGCAGGUUCCCAGAUUUUGGGGCCCAUUACAAAGAUAUGCAUUGUUGCAGAAGGAUCAUAUAUAUUCGAAGUGGUCACUAUUAGGCAGCGCCUUUUCUCAUCAAGAGUUCUGGCACUUGGGUAUGAACAUGAUUUGUUUAUAUUCAUUUGGGACAACCUUGGCCACCAUGCUAGGACCAGGUAAUUUUACCAGUCUCUACCUUAACAGUGCUAUUGCUGGAUCCUUGUUCUCUCUCUGGUACCCAAAAUUUGCUAGAAUUAUAAUGAUGGGUCCCAGUCUUGGAGCAUCCGGUGCUCUCUUUGGUCUAUUUGGUUGUUUCUCGUAUCUAGUCCCUCAUGCUAAGAUGAUGUUCUUCAUAUUCCCAAUUCCAUUUGGUGCAUGGUUCACGUUCUUGGGUCUAGUCACUUGGAAUGUAGCCGGGUGUGCAUUGAGAUGGGGUUCCUUUGAUUACGCUGCUCAUUUGGGUGGGUCCGUCAUGGGUAUUCUAUAUGGAUGGCUCAUCGCGGAGUCAAUUAAAAAGCAAAGGGAAAAGAGAAUGGCAAUUGCAACUUUCCCAAGAUUCUAG